CCGAGUCAAUGUGCAGAGGUUCACACACACUGACACAUACAGAGAGAGAGAGAGAGACACACACACACACAUACUAAAUCACACAUGCACACACACACUCACUCACACUGACGUAGUUGUUUUGUGAUGAACAGGUGUCCUCCUGUCUCACAAACCUUCUGUAAUGCUCAUACUUAUCUUGAUUCAACUGUGGACUUAGGAGGAAAGGAAGGAGAGAAGGAAGACAAGAGAGAGACACACCACUCAAAGGAUCAGGAGAAGAAGAAUGGGAUAGAGAAAGAGAGCGAGAUCAGCAAUCUCACUGUUCAGGAGGCGAGAAAGAGAGAAACAGGGAAAAGUGAGAUAGACAGUGUAUCCAGGCAUGUGGAGAGACAGACUGACUAGAGGACUGGCUCUGCGCCUGUGUCUUCUCCUCACCGCUCUCUGUGUCUGUCUACAUGUUUACCUGGAACUGGGGGAAAGGAGGGGGGCACCUUCGCCCCUCACCUUGGGACGUCCCACACAGACCAGCCAGGUGCUACUGGACAGCGGGGAAAGGAAACAGGGGGCCGCAGACCCCACGGAGAGUCGGGUUGGGGACAGAGCUGUGAAGAGAAGGGUGUCCUACGUACGCACGCCGAAGAAGGACUCUGUAGCAGGGAAGACAGUGGGUGGGGAGGACCCCUCCACAUGCUGCCCACCUCUACGCCCGAACAGAAAGUCUGCCAGGUGGCACAUAGAGCUGGAGCCGUGGGCCAGUGACAGCCACUCCCUGGAGGAGGAAGCACGGAGGUUCCUCAGCUACAUCACUACACCACAGGUGUUUUGUGCCCCCCCUUCCCCAGAGAGCCCCGUGGUACAGGGAGGUCAGGAGGGGCCAGAGGGGCGCUGGGCAGUGUGUCUGGACAGCAGGUACAGCCUGGCACAACGGAUACACAUCCAACACUGCCGGGUCUACUCUCUGGGGUUGGGUAUGGAGGAUAAGACUGUGGAGCGCUCUCUGGCCAGGGCGGGCUGUGAGGUGCACUGUUUUGACCCCAGCCUUAGGCAGGCCCACCUACAGGAGUCAGACAUGUGGCUCCAUCGUCUCUCCGUAGACUGGAGGGACCCCAACCCAGCCAUCCCCGCCCAACGACAGCACAGCAACACCAAGAAACUGGCCACCAUUCUCAAUGACUUUGGACACAGAGAGGUGGAUGUUCUGAAGGCAGACAUGGAGAGUGCGGAGUGGAAGAUUCUAGAGAACCUGGUUCUAGAAGGGGUUCUGAGCUCUGUGGGUCAGCUACUACUAGAAAUCCACCUCCACUGGGCGGGCUUCGAGGUGGGCGGGGACGACCCAUCUGUGGUGCGCUAUUGGUUCAGCCUACUGAAGGAGCUGGAGCGUGCUCACUUCCGCCUCUUCCAUUACCACAGCGACCCAGCAAAGCCCCGCCUCUUCCUGCACCGGAACAUUCUGAACGCCACCAGUGCCUAUACACUGGGCUGGGUCAAUACCCAGUGGAGGCCCUGAGAGCUGACUGACUGAUGGACAGGGCUCUGGCCAAUGAGAAGGGGAGAUCUGGGAAAUAUAGUUCAGCUACGAUGGGAAAGUCAAUCCCAUGGGAUGUUUCACUUUGGAUAUUUAUUUCUGACCAAUACCAGAUUCAUCACGCUAACCAAAGUACUGCACUCCAGAAAAGGAUUGUCUCAAUCUAUGGAGGUUAAUGUAACGUUUUGUGAGCUAUACUGUACUCCUAACAAGCUCCUAUCAUUUAUCAUUUCAACAUUUUGAAUCACUACUCCCCUACCCUUCCCUGAUAUGACCUUAGACAUGGUGAGGUAAUUGCCUCGAGGGCCCAAAGUCCAUCUGUCGGUCAGAGCUGCUUUAAAGUGGCUGUGUUGGCUGGAGGUCAGCCGGCAAGCAUUGCGGCAGCCAUCUCUGUCAUCAUGGCCUCAUCUGGGCUUGGCCCUGAGCCAGCCACCCCUAACAGAUGCAUCCACCCCCUCCUGGAGAAUUAUCCUCAGAGGCAUGGGUAAUGAAUAGUGAGGUAAGACCACAGCCCAAACUAAUAGCCACAAUUUGUCCUCAGGAUCUUCUGCAUUAAAAAGUACAUAGGGCUGGGAAAGUAGCUGUCAGACUGAGGCUGAGCCUCAUUUAGCCCAGGGAUGAGUUUCUGUGGGAGGCCACUUACGAGGCGGGGGGGCUGGAGGUAGUUAAGGUAAAGGCUCAAACGCUUGCCUGGGAGGACAGUCAAUAUACCUCCUGAAGAGAGACAAAGACAUGAACGUCUACCCAGAGAAUGACCAUACCUGGGUUUCAACAGACACACCUACUCAUUCAAGGGUUUAUUUUUAUUUUUACUAUUUUAAACAUUUUAGAAUAAUAGUGAAGACAUCAAAACUAUGAAAUAACACAUAUGGAAUCAUGUAACCAAAAAAUGUGUUUUAUAUUCUUCAAAGUAGCCACCCGUUUGCUUUGAUGACAGCUUUGCACACUCUUGGCAUUCUCUCAAACAGCUUCAGUACUCACCUGAAAAGCUUUUCCAACUGUCUUGAAGGAGCUCCCGCAUAUGCUGACCACUUGUUGGCUGCUUUUCCUUCAAUCCGUGGUCCAACUCAUCUCAAACCAUCUCAAUUGGUUUGUGGUUGUGGAGGCCAGGUCAUCUGAUGCAGCACUCCAUCACUCUCCUUCUUGGUCAAAUAGCCCUUACACAGCCUGGAGGUGUGUUGGGUCAUUGUCGUGUUGAAAAACAAAUGAUAAGUCCCACUAGGUGCAAACCAGAUGGGAUGGUGUAUCACUGUAGAAUGCUUUGGUAGCCUUGCUGGUUAAAUGUGCCUUGAAUUCUAAAUAACUCAGUGCCACCAGCAAAGCAUCCGAGUUUGCCUGAGCAAAUGUUGAAUCAGGAUGAUUCGGAUAGCGAAUACCAAAGAUGGUGAAAUGUGUUAGUGUGUAGCCUUAACUGCAGCUAUAAUGAGCAGAUUCCGAGGGAAUAGUAUGGUCUCUCCCUCUUCACAAUUUGAAUAAUAGAAAAUGUCAAUCCAGCCGCCACAACUUCUGUUUGUUUUCCCACUCCCUUUUCCACUUAUUCUCUUUAGUAACGGUUCUCUUCUCACCAUUAAAUCCACAUAAACCCCCCCUGAAAAGAGUAGUGUUGCCAAGUCACUACUUCUCUAAGUGCCUUCAUAGCAGCAUCAAAAUAUCAGGGGUAUUAAUUUCUAAUUGAAAGUUUUCAGAAUGGAUUAAUCCUUAAAAUGUAAGCCUGAACCCAGUUUAGAAUUGUGUAAUACAUUUGGUGACAAAGUAGUUGGGAGAGCUGCAGAGAGAAAGAACGAUUGAGUCAGAAAGGUUGAGAUUGACUCAAUCUCUGUCUCCCUUUACCCCUCGCCGUCUCCCUUUACCCCUCGCCGUCUCCCUUUACCUCUCACUGCAGAUCUCCAACUACUUUGUCACCAAAUUUGUUACACAAUUCUAGACUCGGUUCAAGCUUACAUUUUAAG